AUGUCGCGUCGCGCCGCUGCAAAAGCUAUUGUUGUAUAUGAUCCCCACCCACAUGUGUCUAUUUUCAGAGAACUAGCUGGCUAUAAAACUACUGUGAUUGAAGAAAUCAGCGAUGAAGAUAAUAGUGAGUAUUUGAAAUCACUUGAUCCAAAUGACUGGAAAACCAAUGAUCACUAUGCAGUUUUAAACCUAAAAAACCAACGGUAUAAAGCUUCCGAUGAAGCAGUGAGAAAACAGUGUAUGUGA